AUUGAAACGUGACAGUCAUCGUUGUUGCCUGAUUCUGUCACAAAGAAUAUUAACCUUCAAAAGGUAUAUCGAAUGAUUGCUUUUUUUCUUCAUAGAAUAUAUAUUACUCAUUUAUAGCAGAUUCACUGUUUUUACAGAAUAUUUGGGAUCGUUCGAAAAUGGACAUAGUUAUUUUGUUAGUAAUAUGUUUGCAAUUAAUAAUAAUCAGUUGUCAAUUGAUUCUUCAUGAUACAAAUGAAUUGAUUAAUGGUAAUAUUUUAAAAUUUGAUUAUCUAUAUUAUCGUGUAACUAAGGAAAAAUUAGCUUAUCAAGAAUCAUCAAAUGUAAUCAACGAACUGAUUCCAUACUGUUUUCGACUAACAAAUACAAGUGAAAGUUUAUUUCGAAAUCUUGUUAAUAGACAAGAUCAAUAUUAAACAUUUGAAGAAUUACGUAUUUCAAAUAUAAGCAUAGAAGAAUUAAUAUCAUGGUCAGCUCCAAUUGAUUUAGUUGAAAAAUAUAUUAAUUGUAUUUAAAUGAAAUUGAUUUAUCUUUAUCUAAUGCAUUAUUCUAUAAUGAAUUGUUCAAAAUCAUGGUUUGGUUGAAAAUAUCAAUAAAUGAUGUUAUUGAAAAUGAAUUUAAUAUAAUUGAUAUGGAAAUAAAUGAAUGUCGAUGUUACAAUGAUUUAUGUAUCCCAGAAGAAUUUUAGGAAAAUGGUUUUGGUGAUGCAAACUAUCUUGAUCGAUCGGAUGAAUUUGCUGAUGUUUUAUAUCUAAAAAAUUGUUUUCAAGAUUCAACAUUUCGUUGUGAAAAAAAUUCAUAUCGAACAAAUUGGUUUCAUUUUCCAGGUGGAGAUGAACAAUGUGUACAAACAUUUAACCAAUGUCAUAAUGGACGUCAUCUUUUAGUAAUUAAAUCAAUAUCAAAUCAAGCUUACCCAUGUAAAAAUAAAUUAAGAAAAAACGGGAUUUUAAUCGAUUUUUUUGUGAUUAAAAAUCGAUUAAAAUGAGACGAUUUUAAUCAGAUUUUAAUCAGAUUCCUUGAGUUUUAAUCAGUUUUAAUCGCGUUAACGAAAAACUGCGUUUUUCUCGAGUUCUAUCCCAGAAAUCAUAGCUUUUUAUUGCUUUUUCUGACUCCUCGCGUCGACAAAUAGUAGGUACAACAUCAAAUCAACCUCGGUCAGACAUCCCUGAAUUCGCGAGAUGACAACAAUCUGUACUUACGCAUUCUUUGGUUAUCGUGAUUAAAAAGGAUUAAAAAUUAAAUAAUCAAUUAAAAUCCAUUAAAACAAGAAUAAUCAAUUAUAAUCGAUUAAAACUGAUUAAAAUAAAAAAUAAUCGAAUAAAAGGCAAGAGAUCUGAUUAAAAUCGAUUAAAAUUGAUUAAAAAUCAAGGAAUCUGAUUAAAAUCUGAUUAAAAUCGUCUCAUUUUAAUCGAUUUUUAAUCACAAAAAAAUCGAUUAAAAUCCCGUUUUUUCUUGAUUUAUUUUUACAUGGG